CGCUUCCGUUGCACCAAUUACAGUAAGCAGUGGAAUCAAUUCAAAAGAGAGCCUUCUCCGCCACUUCUGCAAAAUCAACCGGAGUAGUCGCUGCCAUCGUCAGCCACGAUGAUGCCGUCGUGUCUGUUAAUUACUUCCGUUUCACCAUUACUUUUUUCAGUUAUUUUAUUUUUUUAUUAUUUUCUUUUUUCAGUUUAUAUUUGUGCCGUUUGAUUUAAUCAAGUGGCUGAAAAUAGAGCAGUAAAGAGCACUAGAGAGAUUUUGACUGCAGAGGAUUAUCAAUCUUAUCCAAAACUGAGUGGCAGUUGCAGCAUCAUAAAAGUGAAUCACUAAUACCACAGUCGCAACAAUUUUCAUUCUUCAAUCUCAACCAUUAAAAUGUCAUUUUCAGUGUUAAGUCACGGUGCUGCUGCUGCUAUCACUCUUUCUCCUUCCAACAAUUUCAAUUGUCGCCGAUUUUACUCUCAAGCUCAUUCCAAUUCCCAAAUACAUCAAAAUCUUGUUGUUAAUGUUGAUUCUUCAUUCAAUCGAAUGCUCAAUAUCAACCCUACCCCACCCAUCGUCAAAUUCAAUAAGAUGUUAACUUCCCUUGUUAAAAACAAACAGUUUGACACUGCUAUUUCCCUCUCUCAUCAAAUGGAACUCAAAGGAAUUCAACCUAACUUUGUUACUUUGAACAUCUUGCUCAAUUGUUUCUGCCACAUUAGUCAACUUAAUUUUGCAUUUUCUGUAUUAGCAAAAAUUCUCAAGCUAGGUUAUCAGCCUGAUACCAUAACAAUGACUACACUUAUGAAAGGCAUGUGUCUUAGUGGUCAGGUUAUUAAAGCUUUGGAUUUUCAUGACGAUGUUAUAUCAAAGGGAUUUCAGCUUAAUCAAGUUAGUUAUGGAAUCUUGAUUGAUGGCUUAUGUAAAAAAGGAGAAACAACAGCUGCCCUGCAGUUGCUUAGAAGGAUUGAAGAGUUAAUGGUUAAACCAAACGUGGUAAUGUACAGUAUAGUCAUUAAUAGUCUUUGCCAGGAUAAACUUGUGAGUGAUGCUUUGCAUUUAUAUUCUGAAAUGAUUGUCAAGAAUAUUUAUCCUGAUGUUGUCACUUACACUAAUUUAAUAUAUGGCCUUUGCAUUGUGUGUCAAUUCAAAGAAGCUGUUGGUUUGUUAAAUGAAAUGUUGUUGAAAAACAUCAGCCCGAAUGUUGUUACUUUUAAUAUAUUGAUUGAUGGUUUAUCUAAGGAAGGAGAGUUGAGAAAAGCUAAAAAUGUCUUGGCUAUUAUGAUAAAACAAGGUGUGAAACCAGAUGUUGUUACUUAUAAUUCUUUAAUGGAGGGGUAUUUUUUGGUUAAAGAAGUGAACAAGGCCACAUAUGUAUUCAAUACAUUUGCUCAAACGGAAGUGAAACCAGAUGUUGUUAACUACAAUGUCAUGAUUAAUGGUUUAUACAAGAAUAAAAUGGUGGAUGAAGCCAUGGAUCUCUUCAAAGAAAUGCAUUUAAAAAACAUAGCUCCUAAUACUAGAACAUACAAUUCACUUAUUGAUGGGCUUUGCAAAUCGGGGAGAAUCCCUGAUGCUUGGGAUCUUGUUGAUGAGAUGCAUGAUAGAGGCCUACAUGCUAAUGUCAUCACUUACAAUUCUAUAUUGGAUGCUUUGUGCAAAAGCCAUCAGAUUGACAAAACAAUUGAAUUAUUUGUGAAGAUCAAUGAACAAGGAAUUCAGCUAGAUAUGUAUACUUACACUAUACUUGUCGAUGCACUAUGCAAAAAUGGAAGACUGAAGGAUGCACUAGAGAUUUAUCAGGAUAUUUUGAUUAAAGGCUACCAUUUUAAUGUGACGAUGUAUAAUGUUAUGAUUGAUGGGCUUUGUAAAGAGGGCUUGCUUGAUGAAGCAUUGUCCUUAAUGUCAAAAAUGGAAGAUUACGGUUGCACCCCUAACGGCAUAACUUACACAACUCUUAUUCAUGCUUUGUCAAAAAAUGGCAAGAAUGAGAAGGCGGUGAAACUUCAUCGUGAAAUGAUUGCUAGAGGUCUUUUGUAAGAGUAAAACGACCAUCUAAUUUUUAUUUCCUUUCAUAUUUGUAAAAGAUGGUUGGUGGAAUUGGUUCACUAUUACAUUUGUUUUAAUUUUAAUUAAAAGUUAUACUUUGGUAGUUUCAUUAUGAUAUUUGUAACAGCAAUUGUGUUUGUCUUUUUAAUUCCUUAAUAGCUA